AUGAUAUCGAGGGCGGGGAGAGGAUCCGGGGCGCACGCGUCGCGCCGCGACCGAGGCGCGGGCGAUGGUCCGGGAACCCCACCGGAGGUUGCGUUCACGGGCGUUACCCUGAACCCGCUGGGCCUUGGACUGGUCGUCGGUCAUUCGCUGACCAGGGUCGCCAGGCCGCCCGCGCCCGCGCCGUCGCGCCCGCGGCCGUCCGGCGCCGACGCCACGAGCGCGUCGUCGACGACGACGGGGCGCCCGACCGCCCGCGCGCCCCCCGCCGCGCCCCGACACCGGUCCCCGACCCAAUCCCCGACCCCAAACGGGCGCAGUUUUCAAACGUCGACGCGCGCGUUUGAGUACUCGCCCCGAUCGAGGAGCGCGUCGCCCGGCGCGCGAACGGCGGCCGGGGCCCAAACGCGCGUCCCCGCGCGUCCCCGGCGGUCCCCCGCGGCUCAAGCGGCGACGUCGGCGUGGGGAACGGCGCCCGUGGCUUCCGCGUCGUCGUCGUCGUCGUCGGUGACCGGCUCCAUCCGUGUACGGCCCUUUCGAGCCACCGCCAUGUCGCCCAACCCCCGGCCGACGCCGAACAGGUCCGGGCGGCGUGCGACGACGACGACGUCCGCGACGGCGUCCGCGACGAAACCGGCGUCCGUUCCGCCUCCCUCCGUCGCGGAGACCGAGAAGGGUGCGCCGGUCGCGAAAGGGGAGCUUCACGAGCGGGGGGACGACCGAAACGACGAGGCACCCCCCGGUGAAACGCCGGAAGCUUCCAGAAACCGUCCGUCGCCGCCGUCGCCUCCUUCUCCCGUCCCCCGCCCCGUCCGCGUCCGCAGCGCGUCCACCUCCCCUUCCCCUUCCGCGUCCGCGGCGGCGUCCGCGGCGGCGGCGGCGGCGGCGGCGGCGGCGAGGGUGAGAUCGGCGAGGGAAGACGCGGCGGCUCGAGCGCGAGCGGCUUUGACGAUUGGGGUCGAACGAACGAGGGCGUCGGAAGCUGCCGCCGCGGCCGCCGCCGCGGCCGCCGCCGCGAGGGUGCGCUCCGCGAGGGAGGAGGCCCGCGCGCGCGCGGCGGCGGCGGCGGAGGCUUUCGCUCGUGAGCGGGCGGACGCCGAGGCGGCGGCGGCUGCGGCGGCGGCUGCGGCUGCGGAGAGAGUUCGCGUCAGGAGGGCGACGAGCGCGGACGCGUCGCGGCUGGCGGCGGCACAGCUGGCGCGGGAGAUGGAGAGGGAGAAGGAGAGGGAGAGGGAGAGGGAGGCCGCGUCCGCUCGGGAGGGGGCGGCGGCGCGCGUGAGGGUCGCGCGGGAGGCGGCGAGCGCGCGGGUGUCGACGGGGAAUCGCUCCGCCGUCGGAUCGAAAGCGUCUCGCGACGACGACGGCGGCGACGCUUUUUCGGGUUUCCGUCGCUUCGGAUCCGGUCGCCGGGCGCUCGAGGGUUCGCGGGCGUCGUCGGCGUCGUCGUCGACGACGCGGGAGGAAUCGAGGGAGCGUUGGAGGGCUGAGGUGUACGCGUUUAACCGGUUGAUGUGCGCGUCGGAGCUCGCGGCGACUCGGGCGUUUAUGCGCGGGUUCAAGCUUGAAGGUGGUGGUUUCGAGAAGGUCGCCGGUACGAAGGGUCUGGCGGGGUUCAAGGCGGGUGGCUGGUCCGACGCGGAGUCCGACGUCGAGGACGUGGCCGAACCCUUGCCCCGGCACCUGCGCGUGUGA